UACCUGCUGAACGGAAGCUCCCUCCAACUUCCCAGUUCUUGGCCACCUCCAAAGAAGCUGCUGGAUCGCAAAGGCAACCACCAGCUCCCCUUCGGUUUCCUACUUCGUUGCUUAAAUCUUCCUGAAGCGGUCGAGCUCCGACCGCUCGAAAACAAUGGCGUCGCUGAACCUUUCAACAAACGGUCCCUCAAUCAAGAGCAGCUACUCAAGCGUCAUCAAUGGACCCGCCCUCUCCUCAACCUCUCCGACCGCGGCGCGCUGGGCCCUCUUCACAGUGCAGGCGCCGCUAGUGAGCGCCUUCCAAAACACGGGAGCAAAGGAAAGCGUCCUGAAGGUUGAGAGCACUGGCGAUGGCGAGCUUGCCAACCUCGUCGAGGAGUUCAGCGAAGGCCGUAUUCAGUUCGCUUUCGUUCGAGUCAAAGACCCAAACUCGGGUCUCCCCAAGAAUGUGCUGAUCGCCUGGUGCGGCGGAGGCGUCCCUGAGCGCACCAAGGGUUACUUUACGAGCCACACUGCUGCCGUAUCUAAGGUCUUGCACGGCUACCAUGUCCAGAUUACAGCGCGCUCCGAGGCUGAUCUCGUCCCGGAGGACAUCGUGCAAAAGGUGGCGGAUGCAUCGGGUGCCAAAUACUCGUCGGGAACAUCCACACCAGCCCCGUCGGCGCCGCCCCCGGUUUCCAAAAAGCCCGUCUUCACACCGACAACAUCCGGGUCUGGGAGCUCUUACAACCCGCUCGUCGCUGCGCGCACUCAGAGACCGGUGAACACUGACGAUGAUGGCUGGGGCGCGGACGCACCACCGGUUACACGUACCGAAUUAGAGAAGGUCGAACCUGCCUACAAGCCGACGAAGGUAGAUAUCGCAAGCCUCAGAAAAAACAAGGACGACUCUCGGUUCGAUACGCCCUCGAGACAAGAUGACCGUCCGAGCGACAUCGUGAAGGGGGGUUACCAACCCGUGGGCAAGGUUGAUAUUGCUGCGCUUAGGGCACAGGCGAAGCAGGAUGAUAAGCCUACCGUCGUGAAGGGCGCUUAUGAGCCCGUAGGCAAGGUCGACAUCGCUGCCCUCCGAGCGAGAUCGCAGCGUCCGGCCGAGGAGGAGGAGUCGGCGCCGGCGCCAAAGAGCCUUGCCGAGCGGAGCGCCGCCUUCACAUCGUCAGAACGUCUCACAGAACUGCCGAAGCCCAAAGUCGCAAAGAAGUUCGGUGCCACGCCCUUCACUGGCACCAAGGCUCCAACUCCCGUGGGGCUCGGCUUUGGCUCGCCAUCAGCCCCUCCGCCGCCACCCGUCGGCUCCGCCAGCCGGACGUUUGCUGAUCAGGGAGGCAAGACUCCAGCUCAGAUAUGGGCCGAAAAGAAGGGCAAGCAGGCCGGUGUGGCUGUCGGCUCGCCAUCUCCGCCCGUCACUACACCGAUCGCCGCCCAGAAGAGUGGCAGCGAGUGGAAGAGCGGCUACACCGGUAAAAGCUGGGCACCGGUACAAACCACCAACUUCGGCCGAGGCGGUGUGGAGAAGCAAAAGACGGGAGAAACAGAACGGUCUGAACCAGAGGUGCAGCAACCCGUCACGACGGGCAGCGGUGGUGUUUCUGCACUGCGUGACAAGUUUAGGGACGCGGCGCCUAUGGGCAUCCCAACCCGCUCUGUUCCGGAUGCUGCGGCUGGGUCAGAGAACGAGCCGGCCCCGCCGCCCCCGCCCAUGGAAAGUCGGCCUGCUGGUGGCUUUGCUCUGCCCGGGUUACCCUCCAGACCUGCAGCCCGGAAUCAGGAAGAAGAGGAGGAGGCGGAGGUGGCACCGUCUAUCCCGUCACGCAACUACGAGGAGCGUGAACCGUUGCCGGUUCGUGUUGCGAUGCCGGUUCCCCGCAGUGCCGCACCCGAGAUUGAGUCCGCGGCUGAGAGUCUCCCUUCCCGUCCUAUUCCGGUUCCGCCGGAGGUGCCCAAGGAGGAAGAGCUCCCGGCCGACUCUGAGACGCACAACCCUCGAGCGGCCGCCGCAGCCGUGGCCGGUGUCACCGCUGCAGCCGCGGCUGGCGCGGCGGUAGCGCACGCAGCAGAUGACACCGCGCCAAGCAAGGCCGACGCGACCAGUGGUGGCAAGAGGGCUUUGGUUCAAUAUGACUACGAGAAGGCAGAAGACAACGAGAUUGAGCUCCGGGAGGGCGAAUACGUGACUAACAUCGAGAUGGUGCAUGACGAUUGGUGGAUGGGCACCAAUUCUCGAGGCGAGAGCGGUCUGUUCCCCAGCAAUUACGUCGAAAUCAUUGACGAAGAAGAGGGAGCCGCCGCUGCGCAACCGGCCGCCCCUGCGCCGGCCGCCCCUGCGCCGGCAGCGCAACAGGAGGAGCCUCCAGCUGCGACAUCCGGUCCGACGGCGACAGCUCAAUUCGACUACGAAGCUGCAGAAGAUAACGAACUGAGCUUUCCUGAGGGCGCAUUGAUCACCGACUUAGACUUCCCCUCCGAAGAUUGGUGGUUUGGUCACUACAAUGGUGCUUCUGGCUUGUUCCCUGCCAAUUAUGUCCAGCUUAACUCCUAGGCUAGGAAGGAUGAACUUGCCAUGCGCAGGAUAUUCUCCUGGGAGAAAUAAAAUGGGACAGCGCGCGAGGUUGUAGUUUGGAGGAGGUGUGGUUUUCGUCAAACGUUAUAUUCAGGGGUCCAAGGUCGGGGUAACGGAGCAUUGUCUCUGCUCACGGGCCUACUGCUCGCCUUUGGUAAGCGGGGACUCUCGGCCAGAUGUUAGCACUCCAUCCACUUCACAGCUGUUAAGGGUUGUCGUUCAGCCUAAGGUGAAGCUGGUGGCUGAUGAGCUGAUCCCGGCGGUAUGACAAAAACUCACUCUAGAAUACUUUCCAUGGUAGUA